CCUCGAAAUUAGGAACCCAAAAGAAUUUAGAGAUAUCAAUAAGGAAGAAAAAAAGUUGCCAACUUUGUGGCUGUGAGAGAGUUUUUGGGCUAUGGGUAAUGCAGAUUUUGAGUGCCCACAUCGUGUGGCCAUCCCCCCCACCAAGCCAUUUUUCGAGUCCUUAGCUUCCAAUCUCAAGGAGACCUUCUUCCCUGAUGACCCUUUCAGACAGUUCAAAAACCAGCCUCUUCCAACCCAAAUCCUCCUCUGGCUCAAGUACUUCAUCCCCAUUCUCGAAUGGGCUCCUCACUACUCCCUCGACUUCUUCAAAUCCGACCUUGUCUCCGGUAUCACCAUCGCCAGCCUCGCCGUCCCUCAGGGCAUCAGCUAUGCCAAUCUGGCCAGCAUCCCACCCAUUAUAGGACUUUAUUCGAGCUUCGUGCCGCCGUUGAUAUACGCGAUGCUGGGAAGUUCGAGAGAUGUGGCGGUGGGGACGGUGGCGGUGGCGUCGCUGCUCAUGGCGGCCAUGAUGGGGAAGGAAGUCAGCCCGGUGGAGCAUCCGAAGCAAUACGUUCAACUCGUCUUCACGGCAACUUUCUUCGCUGGAGUUUUCCAAGCCUCUCUCGGCUUUCUCAGACUGGGGCUGAUCGUGGAUUUUCUUUCUCAUGCAACGAUAGUGGGGUUCAUGGGGGGAGCGGCCACUGUUGUUUGUCUUCAGCAGCUCAAAGGCCUCAUGGGAUUGGUCCAUUUUACACAUGAGACUGAUGUUGUCUCCGUUAUGCGUUCUGUCUUCUCUCAAACACACCAGUGGAGAUGGGAAAGUGUUGUGUUGGGAUGCUGUUUUCUCUUCUUCCUCUUGCUCACCAAAUACUUUAGCAAGAAGAAAGCAAUCUUCUUUUGGAUAAACGCAUUGGCGCCUUUGACUUCGGUAAUCUUGGGAAGUCUCCUCGUUUACUUCACCCACGCUGAAAAACAUGGAGUUCAAGUGAUUGGGCACUUGAAGAAAGGCUUGAAUCCCCCAUCUGUAUCCGAUUUAGUAUUUGGGUCUCCUCAUCUCCCCAUAGCCAUUAAAACAGGGAUCAUCAUUGGAAUCAUAGGCCUCGCUGAAGGGGUGGCUGUGGGAAGAAGUUUUGCUGCGUUUAAGAACUACCACAUUGAUGGAAACAAGGAGAUGAUAGCAUUUGGGAUGAUGAACAUCGUUGGUUCGUGCACUUCUUGCUACCUGACUGCAGGGCCAUUUUCGAGAAGUGCGGUGAAUUUCAAUGCAGGAUGUAAAACUGCAGUCUCGAAUAUUGUCAUGUCAAUUGCACUGAUGAUCACUCUGUUGUUUUUGACGCCAUUUUUUCAUUACACGCCCCUGGUGGUGCUCUCCGCCAUAAUCAUCACUGCCAUGCUUGGCCUAAUCAACUAUGAAGAAGUCAUCCACCUUUGGAAAAUCGACAAGUUCGACUUUGUCGUCUGCCUCGGUGCAUAUAUUGGCGUCGUCUUUGGCAGUGUUGAAACGGGCUUGGUCAUUGCGAUUGCACUCUCUAUCUUAAGGCUGCUUCUCAUCGUCGCGAGGCCAAGAACUUUAGUAUUAGGCAACAUUCCCAACUCCACAAUUUACAGAAGCAUUGAUCAAUACCCAACAGCUAACCGUGUGCCUGGAAUUCUCAUCCUUCAAAUGGAGGCACCAAUCUAUUUUGCCAACACAAACUACCUGAGAGAAAGGCUUUCAAGGUGGAUUACAGAUGAAGAAGAGAGGAUAAAAUCAUCAGGAGAAACCAGCUUGCAGUACAUAAUUCUAGACAUGUCAGGCGUAAGUAGCAUUGACUCAAGUGGGAUCAGCAUGCUUGGAGAGGUUAAGAAGAGUGCUGAAAGAAAGGGUCUCAAACUUGUGCUUGCAAAUCCAAGAAGUGAAGUAAUCAAAAAGCUGAACAAGUCGAAGUUCAUCGAAGCGAUCGGGCCGGAAUGGAUCUAUCUGACAGUGGGAGAGGCUGUAACAGCCUGCAACUUCAUGCUCCACUCCUGGAAACCAAAUCCUGUUGCUGCAGAAUUAGAUUCACCAGUGAACAAUGUCUAGCCUGCAAAAGUUACUCCAAGCAAAAGGAGAUCAAUUAGUAAUAAUUAAUAUAUAUCCACCAAUCAGGAGGCAACCUGAAUUAUCUCCUUAUCCACCAAUGGAAAUAAUAGUUUCCUUCUUUUUCUUUUUA